AUGUCAACAUACUCCGUUUCUAGUAUAUCAUUAGAUCACAUGAACGGGAACUUCAAUGCCUCAAUGCCCCAGCAAGGUAUUGCGGCAUCAUCAACACUGCAACAACAACAACCAUCCCCAUCACAGCAACAGCAACUGCAACAACUGCAAAUCCCACCUCAAGCAUAUGCUUCUUAUUACAUGUAUAAUCAGCAAACUCCACAACUGUCAAUACCACAACAACAAGCAGAUUAUGGUUAUGGCAGAUAUCAAUACAGCGCAACCACUGGUGGUGCCUCGACUACUUCAAAUACUAGUGCAGGAACCAACCCAACCUACUAUCAACAACCAAUGCAGCUGACUCAAGCAUAUGCCACGAGAAACUUGCCAAAUCAAUCCCUGAUACUAGAUCCACUUGAUGCCCCUGCCAAUUCUACAAUUGGUCAAUUUCAACCCCCAGGCAUAAGACCAAGAGUGACUACUACAAUGUGGGAAGAUGAGAAGACAUUGUGUUAUCAAGUCGAUGCCAACAAUGUCUCUGUGGUGAGAAGAGCAGAUAAUAAUAUGAUCAAUGGUACAAAAUUAUUGAAUGUCGCCCAGAUGACUCGAGGUAGAAGAGAUGGGAUAUUGAAAUCAGAAAAGUUAGACAUGUUGUUAAAAUAG